GAAAAUUUGUGUAUCGUAUUACAUAAACUCAAGAAUCAAACAGCAAAUGAAAUGAAGAUAUAUGGAAUUAUGGAUCAUGAUGAAUGCAACUUAGGCAAGCGCAUGCAUAACUGAAACGAGGAUCCUAUCCUAGAGCCAGUAAACCGGAAAACUAUACCACAGGAAAUCAUUUGGUACGGUAAACCGGAGAUCAGACAAAAACGGUUUGAGAUUAAAAAAAACGUAGAAAACCAAAGCAGUUAACCCCUAAACGCAGCGUUUUGAUUCAGAAACUCCGUAACCACGAAUUUCUCAAUUUUCUUUUUUUUUUUAUUUUUCUUUUAUUCGUGAUGAAAAUUGUUCGGUCCUGAUUAUCUCUGUACUUGGAGAAGUGAGAAAGCUGCCAUCGAGACGAAGGAGGAGAAGAAGGGAUGGAGAGUGCGAUAUGUGGGAGAUUAGCUCUCGCACCAAGCUCCCUCUUCAAUUCUAUAUCAGGGGACAAACACUCUCUCUCAAAAGGACCAUGUGUGAAUAACCGUGGAGUUCUCAUGACCAUGUCUACAUCCACAUUGAGUAAAGGAGGUGGUGUCUUGGACAAACCGAUUAUAGAGAAAACCACUCCUGGUCGUGAAUCCGAAUUCGAUUUAAGGAAAUCAAAGAAGAUGGCUCCACCUUACAGGGUGAUACUACACAACGACAACUUCAACAAGAGGGAAUACGUGGUUCAGGUCCUGAUGAAGGUGAUACCAGGCAUGACUGUAGACAACGCUGUUAACAUUAUGCAAGAAGCCCACAUCAACGGUUUGGCUGUUGUCAUCGUCUGUGCUCAGGGCGAUGCAGAGCAACACUGUAUGCAGCUGCGUGGUAACGGUCUUCUUAGUUCCGUUGAACCUGACGGUGGAGGCUGCUGAAUAUACUAAUUAAAAUUCGUUAUAGAUUUUUCCACAUCCCUGGAUUUUCUAUUUAGUUAAAAAAAAAGUUGUGUAAUGUAUAUAUAGAAAUCAGAAACUUGGUACUAGACUGUUACUAGUAUUAUAUGCAAUGAACCUUGCUUUUGUAGAUCGUUUGUUGAGUUGAACUUGAAGAGUAUUUUGAACUCAAAUACCA